AUGAUCUGUGCAUUGAGUCUCGUGCUUGUUUUGGCAGUCUCCUUUGGAGAGAUGGCCGAAGUCACCGACCUGACCGAGGAAGUGCUCCCAGUUGUUAAUGGAAUAUAUAAUCAAUUGGAUAGAGACAAAAUCCUGGCUCGACAUAACCAGUUCCGUAGUGAAGUACAGCCAUCUGCUGCAAACAUGGUAGCUCUGCGAUGGAGCCAUGACCUUGCAGGUGUUGCGCAGAGGGUGGCUAACCGAUGCGACUUCGGCUUUAACUUCCGAAGACUGGUAACAAGAUUUAGUAGUGUAGGCCAGAACAUCGCCCGGGUGUACGCCGGCACUCUUGAUUCUAUAAUGGAUUCGUGGAAUAACGAGAAGGCUGAUUAUGACUUCGAAACCAACACCUGUUCCGCAUUCUGUGCCCACUACACUCAGAUGGUGUGGGCUACAACCUCUUUCAUUGGAUGUGGCAGGGCUGCAUGUCCACCGCAUUCUAACACGUACAUCAUCUGUAAUUACGGACCCGGUGGUGACGAAACCCAACGCCCAUACGAAUCAGGUUUGCCCUGUUCUAGUUGCCCUGAUAGUGAAGGAGUUACAUAUAGCUGCGAGAAUAAUCUUUGCACCUUGGGCUAAGGGCUUGGCAACGCUGACAUGACAACGAGAUUGGACUGAACUACCCAACUACAACACGUCCAAUGGACCUGAUUACAUUUUUUGAGUUUUACUUCUACUCAUCUUUACUUCGCAACCCAUAAUUCGGAAUAGUGGGAAUCGUAUAAA